AUUACCGAAUAUACCCUUUUUUAUAAUAAAAAACAGAUAUUGACUAGAAUAAAUAAUAAAGCCAAGGUUUGCCGAUUAAUUAAGGUACUUAAACUAGGGGAUGCGAAGGUAAUAAGCUUUGAGGAUAUUGUAGUGGUACGAGCAGCGCGUGCUGUGAAGGAUGCCAAGGUCAAGGGGAAACGUGGUCGGAAGCGUAAGAGUAAUGCGCUAGAGGCAGAUGAGCCAGAGGCGGAUGAGCCAGAGCCAGAGCCAGAGCCAGAAGUGGCGCGAAUGAUCGACGUGCGAGUGCUAUGA